AUGGAGCCCAACUCACUCCAGUGGGUCGGCUCACCGUGUGGCUUGCACGGACCUUACAUUUUCUACAAGGCUUUUCAAUUCCACCUUGAAGGCAAACCAAGAAUUUUGUCCCUUGGCGACUUUUUCUUUGUAAGAUGUACGCCAAAGGAUCCGAUUUGCAUAGCGGAGCUCCAGCUGUUGUGGGAAGAGAGGACCAGCCGGCAACUUUUAUCCAGCUCUAAACUUUAUUUCCUCCCAGAAGACACUCCCCAGGGCAGAAAUAGCGACCAUGGCGAGGAUGAAGUCAUUGCCGUUUCUGAAAAGGUGAUUGUGAAGCUUGAAGACCUGGUCAAGUGGGUACAUUCUGAUUUCUCCAAGUGGAGAUGUGGCCUUCGUGCUGGGUCUGUGAAAACAGAGGUCUUGGGGCGAAAUGGACAGAAGGAGGCUCUGCUGAAAUACAGGCAGUCAACGCUCAACAGUGGACUCAACUUCAAAGACGUUCUCAAGGAAAAGGCUGACCUUGAAUGCAUGGGUGAGGAUGAGGAAGAAACGAACGUGAUAGUCCUCAGCUACCCUCAGUACUGCCGCUACCGCUCCAUGCUGAAGCGUAUCCAGGAUAAGCCCUCUUCCAUUCUCACGGACCAGUUCGCGUUAGCCCUGGGGGGCAUCGCAGUGGUCAGCAAGAAUCCACAGAUCCUCUACUGCCGGGACACCUUCGACCACCCGACGCUCAUAGAAAAUGAGAGUAUAUGCGAUGAGUUUGCGCCAAAUCUUAAAGGCAGACCACGCAAAAAGAAAUCCUGCCCACAGAGAAGAGAUUCAUUCAGUGGCGUGAAGGAUUCCAACAAUAAUUCCGAUGGCAAAGCUGUUGCCAAGGUGAAAUGUGAGGCCAGGUCAGCCUUGACCAAGCCGAAGAAUAACCAUAAUAACUGUAAGAAAGUCUCAAAUGAAGAAAAACCAAAGGUGGCCAUUGGUGAAGAGUGCCGGGCAGAUGAGCAAGCCUUCCUCGUGGCACUUUAUAAAUACAUGAAAGAAAGGAAAACGCCAAUAGAAAGAAUACCCUAUUUAGGUUUUAAACAGAUUAACCUUUGGACUAUGUUUCAAGCUGCUCAAAAACUGGGAGGAUAUGAAACAAUAACAGCCCGCCGUCAGUGGAAACAUAUUUAUGAUGAAUUAGGCGGUAAUCCUGGGAGCACGAGCGCUGCCACUUGUACUCGCCGCCAUUAUGAAAGAUUAAUCCUCCCAUAUGAAAGGUUUAUUAAAGGAGAGGAAGAUAAGCCCCUGCCUCCAGUCAAACCUAGGAAACAAGAGAACAGCUCACAGGAGAAUGAGAAUAAAACAAAAGCAUCUGGAGCCAAGCGCAUCAAACAUGAAAACCCCAAGAGCAAGAAAGAAAAAGAGAAAGAGAAUGCCCCCAAACCUCAGGAUACCCCAGAGGUUCCAUCAGAGCAAGAGAAGGAACAGGAGACUUUGAGCCAGAAAAGUGUUGCUGAGCCUCUCCCAGCAGCAGAUGUAAAGAAGAAAGUGGAUUUGGGAUCAAGGAUCCCGGCCUCCAGAGAAGACCCAGAACAGGACAGCGAAGCUGACCAGGGUUCUGGUGGUGAGAAGGCAACAGAGGAGGGGACCGAGAAGGAGCCUGUACCCCCACUCCCAAGUGCACCUCUGGCCCCAGAGAGGGACCCUGCUGUGAUCCCAGAGACUGGCAAACAGACCCUCACCUCUCCCAGUGCCCUCAUGGAUGCAAAGCCAGACGCCAAACCCUGCUGUUUCACAGAGAGUCCUGACAGCGAACUCCAGGAAGCUUCUUUCUCCAGCUUCCCCACCGCCCCGCCACCCUUGGCCAACUCACAUGAUGUAGAGGAUAAUAAACUGCCAGCCAUGGCGGAUUACAUCGCCAAUUGCACCGUCAAGGUGGACCAACUGGGCAGUGACGACAUCCACAACGCCCUCAAGCAGACUCCCAAAGUCCUGGUGGUCCAGUCAUUUGAUGUGUUCAAAGACAAAGAUCUGACUGGGCCCAUGAACGAGAAUCACGGGCUCAAUUACACCCCCCUCCUCUACUCACGGGGCAACCCUGGCAUCAUGUCCCCACUGGCCAAGAAGAAGCUUUUGUCCCAGGUGAGUGGGGCUGGCCUCUCGGGAAGCUACCCCUACGGCUCCCCACCCCCACUGAUCAGCAAGAAGAAGCUGCUCGCCAGGGACGACUUGUGCUCGAGCUUGUCACAGGCCCACCACGGCCACAGCACGGACCACAUGACCAUCAGCCGACCCUCCGUGAUCCAGCACGUCCAGAGCUUCAAGAGCAAGCCCUCUGAGGAGAGGAAGACCAUCAAUGACAUUUUUAAGCAUGACAAACUGAGUCGACCAGACAGCCACCGCUGCAGCUUCUCCAAGCAUCACCUGAGUCCCCUGGCUGAUUCCUACGUCCUCAAACAGGAACUUCAGGAGGGCAAGGACAAGCUCCUGGACAAGAGGGCCCACCCUCACUCCCACAUGCCGAGCUUCCUGGCUGAUUUCUACUCGUCUCCUCAUCUCCACAGCCUCCACAGACACACAGAGCACCAUAUUCAUAGUGAGCAGGCAUCCAAAUACCCUUCUAGAGACAUGUACCGGGAAUCCGAGAACAGUGCUUUCCCUUCCCAGAAACACCACGAGAAGCUCCACGCCAGCUAUCUCACAUCUUUGCACCUGCAAGACAAAAAGAUGGCUGUCUCGGAAGGCCCCACGGAUGAUCAGCCCACAGACCUGAGCCUCCCCAAGAACCCACAAAAGCCCACCGGCAAGGUCCUGGGCCUGGCCCACUCAGCCUCGGGGACCCAGGAGAGCAAAGGCAUCCCCCAGUUCCAGGUUAUAGGCAGCCAGGGCCGAGACUGUCACCCCAAAGCCUGCCGGGUGUCGCCUAUGACCAUGUCUGCCCCUAAAAAGUACCCAGAGUCGCUGUCGAGAUCUGGAAAGCCUCACCAUGUGAGGUUGGAAAAUUUCCGGAAGAUGGAAGGCAUGGUCCACCCCAUUCUGCACCGGAAAAUGAGCCCCCAAAACAUUGGUUCAGCGCGGCCUAUAAAACGCAGCCUCGAGGAUUUGGACCUUGUCAUUGCUGGGAAAAAGGCCCGGGCAGUGUCUCCUCUGGACACAUCCAAAGAGCCUUCUGGGAAGGAGAAGGCCUCGGAGCAGGAGAGCGAUGGUGGCAAAGCGACACAUGGUGGGCAUUCGGGGGGCGGGGCAGAAGGCCACAAGCUGCCCCUCUCUUCCUCUCUCUUCCCAGGUUUGUACUCCGGGAGCCUGUAUAACUCGGGCCUCAACUCCAGGCUCCCAGCUGGGUAUUCUCAUUCUCUGCAGUACUUGAAAAACCAGACUGUGCUUUCUCCGCUCAUGCAACCUCUGACUUUCCAUUCACUGGUGAUGCAGAGAGGCAUCUUCACAUCGCCAGCAAACUCCCAGCAGCUGUACAGACACUUGGCCGCGGCCUCACCCGUAGGAAACUCGUAUGGCGACCUUUUGCACAACAGCAUUUAUCCCCUAGCUGCUAUCAAUCCUCAAGCUGCCUUUCCAUCUUCCCAGCUCUCAUCCGUCCACCCCAGCACAAAACUGUAA